AAAGGAUUUUCCCUUCAGACUUCUUUCUUUGUCCAAAAGUGACGCAAUUAAAGUGAGCGCUAUAUUAUUGUGAUGUCAUGAUUGGUAGUGUGAUGACAACUACGUGAGCGCCGAGGUAUGUUAUAAAAUAUGGGGAAUUGUUAUCGUAAGCAGCGAACACCUCUUCAACGGUUGGGAACAAGGCCAACAGAAUUAGAUGAUGAAGAUGGACCUUACAUGCUGGUCAUCAAUAACAAUAAUGGGGCCACUGGUACUUCAAAUAAUCCAUCUCAUUCCCGUUGGGAUAAUUUGAGAAAUCGAGCAUCAAGAAGAAACCGAGAUACUCAGCCUACUUGGUCUUUAUGUCGAUUAACAGAUGAAGAGCUUGAUAAACAUGUUAUUGACACUUUAAGCACGCUACGAAAUUCAGCUGAGAAUGGCACUACUCUAAUAUUACGAAUGCGAAUGUUCAGAUUUUGGGCAAAUGGAGAGACUGGUUGGAACAUGGUUCUUUUAUCUCUUAUUAGAGCUGUGCCCUUGGAUAAUGCAUUGGGUCCAUCUGCAAUCACUCUCUUCAUUGAUCAUUGCCCUUUGCCUACAAAGCAAGGUGUUAUGAAAUUGGUCAACGAUUUGAAUUUGUCGUGGGAAAAAGCUGCAGAUGAAUUCAUGCAUGGGCGCAACACAGAUAAAUGUGCACGUCACAGAAAUGUAUGUGCAGUCCUGGGACAUCUAGCUGAAAGUUUGGCAGGUCCAUUAAGUGCCACCAUACUUACACAAAACACACUUGAAUACUUUAUGUGUGGACUGGAACAAACAAUUAAUGGCGUACAUAUUCCAGUGGUCAAUAUUUUGUACUCUCUUAUUGCCCUGGAAAAGUUUGCACAAACAGGCACUAACAAGGACAAAAUUAAUGCCACUGAAAUCAGAGCUAAGUUAAUGGCACUUGAAGAUUGGACAGAAUCUUCAGAUUACAAGAAGUGCCAGGUUGGAUUCUCAGCUCGCUGGUUACUUGACAAUGCUUUUAUCGUCGAAGGGCGCCCAUUGUCGUAUGAGUCUGUCUCACUGAACAACAUAAAUGCCAUGCUAAACCACAAUGACGUCAGUGAAUAUCUUAAAUUAUCAGCCGAUGGCUUAGAGGCACGUUCAGAUGCUUCCUCGUUUGAGUCCGUUCGUUGUACAUACUGUGUAAAUUCUGGUGUCUGGUAUUAUGAGGUUACCAUCAUAACACCUGGUGUUAUGCAGAUUGGCUGGGCAACAAAAAAAAGCAAAUUUUUCAACUACGAUGGGUAUGGCAUAGGAGAUGAUGAAUACAGCUGUGCCUAUGAUGGCUGCCGGCAACUAUAUUGGCACCAAGCACAAAGUAGACGACAUAUCCAUCCUGCAUGGAGAGAGGGUGACAUACUGGGUUUGUUGCUUGACCUUGAAAAAAACCAAGUGAUAUUUUAUCUUAAUGGAGACCCACUGCCUUCAGAAGGUGGUAUCUUCAAUCAUGCAAAGGAGGGUUUUUUCGCUGCCGCCAGUUUUAUGUCACACCAACAGUGCAUUUUUAACUUUGGUGCAAAACCUUUCAAAUUUCCACCUCUUGAUCGUGAAUAUUCGUGCUUUAACGACCAUGCUACCCUCACUGCUGAAGAGAAACUCAUAUUGCCAAAACACAAAAAACUGGAGUUGAUAAAGUUAAGUGAAUUUAGGGCUGACCAGUGUGACCUAUGCUGUGAUUUGAAAGCCAACACCACUAUACUGCCAUGUAAACACAGUGGAAUAUGCAGUAGAUGUGUAGAGAUUGUGGAUUGCUGUCCAUUCUGUCGUUCUGAGAUUACGGGAACUAUCAUUGAAGACACCAAUUCUAAUUCAUAUACUUCACAAGCUUGUACUUCAAAAAGUUCACAUUGCAAUGAAAAAUGUUGAAUGCAAGCUGAAUUUUUAAUCAAAAGAGUAUCAGUUUCUGCAUUGGUUUAAAUCUCCUUAUCACUUGCACUUGAUUCUCUUAUUUUCUAUUUCAUGUUUACAACUUUUUUUACUGCGGUUGGUAGCGCUCAGUUAAAAAACACAAGCUAUUUGACAAAGAUAUUUUUAAUAAUGGCCAUUUGGAGACCAUAUUCUACAUUAACUGUUUUACACUGCCAAUGAUUUAAAACAGAAAUUUUCAUUUUAGAUAGACCAUACAAGCAAAACUAACUGUGCAGAGGUCCUUUACAAGUAGCAUGUUAAUUGAGUUUCUUAUUCUUUCUUGCUGUGCAACAGCACUGUUUUAAGUAUCGCGUUUUUCUUCUGGUAUGUUACAUUUCUACUUAAACUUUCUAGUUUCUACUUUUUGUACAAAUCACUUGCUGGGACAGGCAUACACAUAAACCAUGUAGAAUUUAACAAAAAAAUGAUUGUAUAAAAAGAACAAAGUC